UGUUUAUGUAGUUAAUUAAUAAAAUUUACACAUAGGUUUUGAAUGUCUCGCUAGAAGGUUUUAACCAUACACCUCGCACAAUUGCCAAUUGAGUUGGGAAUGGAGCGGCAAGCGUGCUAGACGCUUUUUUGGAAGUUAAAAGUGAUUUUGAAUUGGAAUUGUGUAGCAAGUGACUUUCUCAAAUUAGUUAAAUAACUACGAAUAUUGUAAAUGGGAUAACAUAUAAGAUGGAUCCCGAUAAUGAUAUUUAUGCAUUUUACGAUAUAAGAGGGUACAAAGGGAAAUGUAGUAUCAAUAGACAAAAAUCGGAACGUAUUCUGCUACCGCGAAUGUCACUCCUAGGGAAGCCCCUGAACUACAAUCGCGGCACACGCCGCGAUGUCCGCUAUAGGCGACUUCAGAGUCGCCUCUACAACUUCUUGGAGCGACCCCGCGGCCUGCAUGCAAUAUUCUAUCAUGUGAUGGUGUUCCUUAUGGUGUUUACAUGUCUCGCACUGAGCGUGUUCUCCACCAUUAAGGAAUACGAAGAGGAUGCGGUGUACAUAUUGUUUAGAAUGGAAAUUUUAGUUGUGAUUUGGUUUACCCUAGAAUUCGCGGCACGACUAUGGUCAUCCGGAUGCCGCUCUCGCUACCAGGGCUGCCUGGGGCGUAUGAAGUUUGUAAAACGACCAUUUUGUAUUAUAGAUAUUGUCACAAUUUUAGCAUCAAUUGUAGUAUUAGGUAUGGGCACAUCUGGCCAGGUCUUUGCCACAAGCGCUCUGAGGGGCCUGCGCUUCUUUCAGAUCCUGCGCAUGGUCCGCAUGGAUCGGCGAGGUGGAACCUGGAAAUUGCUCGGAAGUGUCGUAUACGCACAUAGACAGGAGCUCAUAACAACAAUGUACAUAGGAUUUUUAGGUCUCAUAUUUGCGUCAUUCCUCGUUUACAUGUGGGAGAAGGAUGUGAACGAUAAAUUCAGCAACUUCGCCCAGGCACUGUGGUGGGGCGUGAUUACUCUCUGUACCGUCGGCUAUGGCGAUAUGGUGCCCAUCACUUGGCAAGGGAAACUGAUUGCAUCGUGCUGCGCACUAUUGGGCAUUUCAUUCUUUGCACUGCCAGCGGGCAUUCUGGGCAGCGGUUUUGCUUUGAAGGUGCAGCAGCAGCAGCGUCAGAAGCACAUGAUUCGUCGACGCCAGCCGGCGGCAACGCUGAUUCAGGCCGUUUGGCGUUGCUAUGCCUCCGAUGAGCAUUCGGUGUCGAUAGCCACAUGGAAAAUACAUCAAGUAGCGCUGCCAAGUCCGCCAGCCUCUUCAGAAAACUGGGAGCGAUUAUUAAAAAACAUUACUGAAUAUAGGCGCGCCUCCUCCAGCUUUAAGCACAACACAUCCUUCGUGGCACGUCUGCCGACAAUAAGGCGCCACAAGAGCCAGACCAUUCAGACGCCCGGCGAUGGGUCGGUGGCCAAGCCCCCGGGCUCCUCGCGGGCCUCCACACGCUACGCCCGCCAAACCAUUCGGGAUAUGAACGCAUCGGCCGAGAACUUGGAGGUAGUACAAAAUGGCAAAUCCUUGAAUCCAAGUUUUAGCGAAGAUUCAGUUGCUGAAACAACUUGUUUAAAAAAUAUUAAAAAUUCAGACGCGACCUCACAACCGCCGUCAAUCAAACUGGGAAACUGCGUUGUGCACAGCAACAGCGCCGGUUCGUUGGCCAAUUUUCCCAGGGAAAUGGCCGAAUCAUCCGACAGUCAACAUCACCAGCAGGAGCAGCAACAGCAACCGCCAUCCAAGGCUGCCACACCUGGCCAUGUAAGCUUGAAAACCCUCACCAUACCCGUGGUGCUAUGUGGCUUUUUGCAAGGUGACUUCUUUGGCUCGACCUUCUCGCUGCGUAAUCCGCGAGUGGCAGACGCAAGCAUCGAUGUGGAGGCAGCAGCAUCUGCCAGCACUGAGCUCGGGAAUAUAACCAUCAGCGGUGGCAGCAACAACAAAAAGAGCGACAGUCCUGUAAGCAACCGCACAGGUCGCUUUUUUGCCGCCGCCUCGCACUUCCUCGAAACAGGAUUCAUGCAUGGCGAAGGCCAUGGACCGGGGGCCAAUAUGGGCAAUGCGGCCGACACCAAAGCACACGGCGCAUUUUUUGUGGCAAAUGAGGAUGAAGAGCCCCGCUGCACGCAGCUGACCAAUCGACAUAAGACAGCCAUUCGAUUUAUACGAAAGCUAAAAUAUUUUGUGGCUCGACGCAAGUUCAAGGAGGCCCUGAAGCCCUACGAUGUCAAGGAUGUCAUGGAGCAGUAUGCGGCCGGCCAUGUGGAUUUACUAGGUCGCGUCAAGAUGCUCCAUUUGCGCUUGGACCAAAUAUUGGGAAAACAAGGCUCCAAGGCAAAGGAUGUGUAUGCAUCGAAAAUAAGCUUAGCCUCGCGUGUCGUAAAAGUGGAGCGUCAGGUGGCGGACAUUGAGGAAAAACUUGAUGUACUAAUCAAAGCCUAUAUGGAGGAUCGUGAUAGAUUUUUAGCGCUUCCACUACCAAGCAAGCCCAAAAUACAUUCCAUUAGUCCUAUACACAGUCACUCACACAAUCAGGCCAUGAUUGAUGUAUGGAAACGGACAGCAACGCUAAGUGUGCAUCCGGAACAGGUGACAAUAACCCAGGCAACAUCCACGGACAACGAUGUCGCAUUGACAUCGACGCAGACAACAGCAACCACAACAGAUGCGAUAGCCACGCAAACCACUAUGCCUUACACACAGCAUAGUUCGACCAAUACGAAGUCUUCCGUGCUUAACUCAUAUCAGCUUGUGUCUGAGAAGCAGCAGCAGCACAACGAUGUUUUUAUGACUGAAUUAGAGAAUAGAACCAAGAAACGUGUUACUUUAAGUCUACACAGAUCCACUUCGGAGCCAUACAGCAAACAUGAGCAGCGCAUAACCAUCCCAGAAGUGGGAGCUCGCUCUUUGGACACAGGCGCUAAGCCCAAGCCGCCAGAUAGCUCAAUUAUACUGAUUGAUGAGUACGAAGACUUUGAAGAGGAAGAUCUUAAUUGUGAAGGGGAGAUAGAGCCUUUUCCUUCGUGGGAAAUCGAUAGCGAUGUUGGCGCUGAUGUGGACGUCGAUGCCGAUAUUGAUGCAGAUGCUGACUGUGAUGAGUCCACUGAGGACACGGCGUUGUUGCAGUGUGCCACACGCACCGCCAUUGUCAUAACACCAAUUAGCCCAGUAAGCUCAGCACAUAAUCUACAAAGUUUAAAUGACCAAACAACAACGCUUAACAAAUCAAAUUUGCUUCCACCAGACUCUGGUUAGAUAUUCGCAACUUAAUUAGCUUAAUUAUGAAAUACAUAAUUGUUAUGUAUGCGUGUAUGUAUGGAAAUCAAAUAUGUCACUAUGCGACAGUUUUGUGUUCAAAUUAUGAGUAGCGACUACUUUAAUAAAUCAUUGAAUAAUUA